AUGACUGAUCUAGGCAAAUUUCACUAUUUUCUUGGUAUUGCUAUUAACAGGGACACUAAUGGGAUGUUCUUGAGCCAACAAAACUACGCAGCCGACAUCAUACAUCGGGCAUGGAUUACAAGCUGCAACUCAACCUCAACACCGGUUGAUACAUUUUUGAAACUUCCCGCUGCGGUUGGACCUCCGGUUGUCGACCCCACCCUUUACCGUAGUCUCGCUGGUGCUCUCCAAUACCUCACAUUCACCAGACCAGACAUCACCUAUGCCGUUCAACAAGUCUGUCUCCAUAUGCAUGAUCCACGUGAACCUCACCUUAACGCUCUAAAACGGAUCAUCCGCUACAUCAAGGGCACCAUCACACACGGCAUCCACUUAAAACCAGCUUCUAUCUCCACAAUCACGGCUUACACGGACGCCGAUUGGGCAGGCUGCACAACAACACGCCGUUCGACAUCUGGGUAUUGCGUCUUCCUCGGUGACAACAUCGUUUCAUGGUCAUCGAAACGACAGCAAACCGUCUCCCGCUCUAGUGUCGAAGCUGAGUACCGUGGCGUCGCCAAUGUCGUUGCUGAAACAAGUUGGCUUCGAAACCUCCUCUUAGAACUACACUGUCCCAUCUCCACCGCAACGAUCGUUUAUUGUAACAACGUAAGCGCCGUAUAUCUUUCAACCAACCCUGUCCAACACCAACGCACUAAGAACAUCGAAAUCGAUAUCCAUUUUGUACGAGAACGAGUUGCUGUUGGAGACGUACGUGUCCUGCAUGUCCCCUCUGCAUACCAAUAUGCUGACAUAUUUACAAAGGGGCUAUCCACUCCUCUAUUCACAAAUUUUCAAUCCAGUCUACGCGUUCAGCCACCUUACGCUACGACUACUUACGCGGGGGAGUGA